UAGGUAUUUUUUGCAAUGCAAUUGCUGAAAAAAGUAAGAAUUAAAUUUUGAAAAUAAGAACAAUCUAUGUUGUAAUGGCUUAAUAAUUAAAAAAGAAAAAUUACUGAAAAAUUUUUGAUGACAUUUCUUUAAUUAUAUAUAUAUAAGAUGUCGGUUCAGCGAGCAUUUGCACAAAAAUUAUCGAAGCAAGGAGCAUCUGAUGUGCGUAAGAAUGUUGCAAGUUAUCAUUUAACAGCUAAAAGCGAUAAUAGUUCGAUAUGCUCAUCAUCAAUAUCUUUAAACGAACUGGUUGAGCCAUUAGAUUAUGAAGAAUUCCUCAUUCAACAUUCUAAUACUGUAUGUCGAGAUCCUUUGAAUUAUUUGUUGGAUUUCCCUCCAAACGACGUUCAAGUAAAGAUUUUACCAAGAAAAAUUCGAACGGUUGAACAUAUUAUACCUAAAGAAAAUAUAUCCGAGCUGCCAUUACAUGUCCAAGAAUGUGUUCAAUACUUCACAAGAGAUUGGAAAACUGCCGAAUUAGCCCAACGCCAUUAUUCUAGCUCAUGUUAUACGAAAGAAAGAAUUGAUAAAGGAGCUAUUAGUCCAACAAAUUAUCAACAAGAAUAUGAAAUUGAUAAAGACUUUGUAUCUUUUGAUGAUACUUUAACAACAUUAACAGAUAAAAGUGAAAGUUGUACUCCAAGUAGCCGUCAAUCUAUAGCUAGUUUAUCGUCGGUGUCAUCUUGUACGGAUACGCUUACUCCAAGAGGAUCUUGGGCUAGCUUUGACUUAAGGCGGUCUGUAAAUGAUCCUCUGAUUCCUAGUUUGUUGGAUAAUUUACCUGGAGAGCAAGUGGAUCAAGAAAAUGAAUCUCGAAGACAAGAUGACAGACAAUAUUCGCUCUUUAGUUUAUAUCCAGAAGCAGACCCUGAGGAUGCAAUCGAAAAACGAAUUCCAGCUGAGAUUCCUGUCGAACAUUUAGGUCAUCGCAUUGUGGUUAAAUGUUUGCAACUUAAAUUAGAAUUAGAAGUUGAACCAAUUUUCGCAUCUAUGGCUAUUUAUGAUGCUAAAGAAAAGAAAAAAAUAUCAGAGAAUUUUUAUUUUGAUAUGAAUUCAGAAAGUAUUAAAAAAAUGCUAUCAUCGCAUGUUCCAUAUAGUGAUGUUAGCACACAAUCCAGAACUGCUGUAUUCGAAAUUACAUAUCCAAGUAACGAUUUGUUUUUGGUAAUUCGUCUUGAAAAAGUUUUACAAGGAGACAUAAAAGAUUCUGUUGAACCAUAUUUAAAAGAGGACAAAGACAAAUAUCGUGACAAAGCAAAAUCAAAUGCUGCUGAUUUCUGCGACAGGCUUGGUAAAUAUCGAAUGCCAUUUGCUUGGACUGGAAUAUAUUUAACAAAAAUUUUCAAUGGUGACAAUAUGGACAAGGAUGAGAAAGAUAGUGGAAGUAUUGGAACUACUUCCAGUUCAAAUAGCUUAGAUAGAAAAUCGUCUACAAGUAGUUUUGAUCAAUUACGAAGGAAAGCUAGCGAUAUGGGGACAUUAACAAGACGUGGAUCUCUCGAUAGGAAAAAUGGUGAAAAACGUCGUUCCUGGUCACCAGAUGAUUUUGCCCAUAGCAUUGAGACUUUUAAACCGACUUCUAUAACUGUGACCAGCUUUUUCAAACAGGAAUCAGAAAAAAUGAAAGACGAGGAUCUAUACAAAUUUUUGCCAGAACUCAAACGACCCGGCACUGUUAUAAAAAAAUACAAAUGUAUACCGGGAUCAGUAACAGUAGAGGUAUCGCCUUGUCCAGAAAAAAUUCGAUACGCUUUAACACCGGAGCUGGCUAAAAUCAAACCGUACCCAGACGACAAAACACGUCCGAUCAAAGAAAUUUUGGAAUUCCCUGCCACAUCUAUCUAUAAUCCACAUUACGUGUACAGAAAUUUGCUUUUUGUUAGCCCAAAAGAGUUAAAUUUCUCUUCAAGAGGUGGAUCUGCGCGGAAUAUAGCAGUGAAGGUACAAUUAAUGGCUGGCGAAACACAAGAUGCUGCGUUACCGGCCAUUUUCGGUAAAUCUUCUUGUCCCGAGUUCACAACUGAAGCAUAUACUGCAGUUAAUUAUCAUAACAAAUGUCCCACAUUUUAUGAUGAAAUAAAAAUACUUCUACCAGCAAAUUUAAAUCAAAAUCAUCACAUUCUCUUUACUUUGUAUCACAUUUCUUGCCAAAAAAAACCACAAGAAAUACAAAAUGCUAUCGAAACGCCAAUUGGAUAUACAUGGAUUCCGUUAAUGGAAGAUGGUCGAUUGAAAAUUGGAGAACAUACUUUACCAGUUAUGGUUGAAACUCCACCUGAGAAUUAUUCUUUCAUCCCACCGAAUGUACAAUUGCCUGGAACAAAAUGGUUAGAUAAUCAUCGUCCGGUUUUUACCGUGGGUGUCGACGCUGUAACAUCUGUUCAUACACUAGACGAACACUUAGAUAGAUUCAUAAUUAACUGCGAAUAUUUAGAAUCAAGAAAAAUCCCUCCCAGAAUUGGAGAAAGCAACAUGGAAAAAGAAAUGAAAAAGUGCUUAUUGUUGAUUGAAAACGCUGAUAGAGAAUCACUGGUCAAAAAUUUGCCACUUAUUAUGGAUAAACUAAUUGAAUUACUUGUUACAUCGUAUAAAAUAGGAGGCCAGAGCAUGUCCUUGGGACCUACUGUUUUUGAAGUUAUGUGCUUAGUUUCCGCAAAUCUUUCGAUUCUGUGUGAUGAUUUAAUUGUGGAUCAGUACGGCCGACAAAAUCUUCUUUCCACUUAUAUUCAAUUCCAGUGCAAAAUUCCACACCCAUUCGCUGGAAGACGACGGCUCACUUAUAGUCGUAGUCAUGCAGAGGAACUAAUUGGGACUCAAAAAGAAUUUUCCAUUACGAAAGAAUUUGGGAAAAGUUUGGACCAUAUUAUACAUGAAGCAACCUCCCCUACUUAUACAAAUCGUGAAGGACAAAUUAGAUUAUUACAUGAAGAGCUUGCUUUGCAUUGGGUUGUUGCAAAUGGGAAGGCUACUGAAUUGGCAAUGAGCAAUUCGUGGUUUAUAUUUGAAUUAAUUAUAAAAUCAAUGAUAGAACAUUUAGAUUUCACGCAUUCAUUGAAUUCACCACGAAAAAAUCGCUUCCCGCAUCAAUUUACAGAUGAUUUAUCAACUUUAGUUCAUUUAGUUGCUAACAAAGUUGUUAGCUAUCAUAGCAAUGAUCCUAAACUAGCGCAAUCGCUAAAUGCAAGUCUUGCAUUUUUUGUUUUUGAUCUUUUUAGUGUAAUGGAUAGAGGUUUCGUCUUCAGCUUGGUUAGAAAUUACUUUAAAGUUCUGAUAUCUAAAAAUACGUCGAUUCCAGAUUUGAUGCACUAUAAAAUAGAUUUUUUACGAAUAGUUUGUAGUCAUGAGCACUUUGUUGCUCUAAAUUUACCAUUUGCAACAUCAUAUACCACAAUUUCUGCGCCUUGCAGUCCAACUCCAAGUAUAAUUUCAAAUACAAGUCAGAGUUCCUAUAUAAGCAAUUUGGGUAGUAUUGACAAAGCGUUAUAUGCUGAUUUAAGUCCAGAAUUCAGACAACAACAUUUCUUGAUUGGCUUAAUAUUAAGUGAAUUGGCAACGGUACUAGAUGUUUCAAAUCCAAAUCUUCAUGGGAAAGCAAUUAGGUGCGUACGAAAUUUAAUGACAUCACAUGAUUUAGAUGAAAGAUAUUCUGAUCCGGAUGCGAGAGCACGAGUUGCUGCACUGUACCUACCUUUGAUAAGCAUAGUUAUGGACACAAUUCCUCAACUCCAUGAAUAUAUUUUAGAUACUCACGAUCGCUUACAAAGCAUCGGUUUACUUGAAGACUAUCAAGGACCACAUACAUCUGGAAUUACAACUUCGACUAUAAGUCCUGAAGUUGCUUACGCCAUCUCGGGUAGCCGUUCUUAUUCAUAUGUUCCUGAACCAGUCAAAAACAAAUCACCACUAAGCAGUGAAAAUACGAGACAUCUUUUAGCUUGUUUUCUUUGGGUCGUAAAAAAUCUUGAAAAGACUGUACUAUACAGGUGGAUUUUAGGACUAAGUCCUCAUCGUGUACAUCAAAUGCUUCAAGUUUUAAAUGUAUGUAUUCCAUGUUUUGAAUAUAAGGGACAAAAACGAUUACCCAUUAUUAAGAGAAAAACACAAAGUUUUCGUAAAACGCCGGAUAUGAAAGAAAAGCUAGAAGAGUAUAUUCGUGGUACUGGUUCAGCUCGGAACGAUUUUAUGAACCGACGAAAAGAUAAAAAUUCCACAGAAAAAUUCAGAUGGCGUAAAGACCAAAUGCCAUACAGGACCAAUCAAUUUUACGAUACUUCUGUUAAAAAUGACACUGAAAUCGAAAUUGCUUAUUAUAUAGAGGGUACAUUAGCAACUGAAAUUACAAUGGUAGUACUUGACACGCUUGAAAUAAUUAUUCAAGUGUCAAGUAAUUCUGAAAUGCAUAACAGUUUGUUGGGAACUGUUUUGAAAGUCUUGUUACAUGCUUUAUCUAGAAAUCAAAGUACUUUAGCGCUACAAAAUUUAUUUGCCUCACAAAGAUCCUUAAUUUUUAAGUUUCACAAUUUACUAUUUGAUGAAGAAACAGAUAUUUGCGCCGAUUUAUGUCUCUUACUUUUAAAGCAUUGUGGGUCACAGUUACCAGCUAUAAGAUCACAAGCGGCUGCUUCGUUAUAUUUAUUGAUGAGACAAAAUUUUGAAAUUGGAAACAACUUUGCUAGGGUUAAAAUGCAAGUUACUAUGUCCCUUAGUUCCUUGGUAGGAACAAGCUCCACUUUUAGUGAACAGUCACUGCGCCGGGCUUUGAAAACAAUAUUAGUAUAUGCCGAAUCGGACAUUGAUUUACAAGAAACAUCUUUCCCGGAGCAAGUUCAAGACCUAUUGUUCAAUUUGCAUAUGAUUCUUUCUGAUACCGUAAAAAUGAAAGAGUAUCAAGAAGAUCCUGAAAUGCUUUUAGAUCUAAUGCAUCGUAUAGCUAAGGGGUAUCAGAAUAAUCCCGAUUUACGUCUCACUUGGCUUGAAAAUAUGGCUAAAAAACAUCGCGAGCGAGCGAAUCACACUGAAGCUGCAAUGUGUUACGUAAGUAGUGCUGCUUUGGUAGCUGAAUACUUAAGCAUGUUAGAGUCCCAAACACAUUUGCCAAUAGGUGCUGUGACUUUUCAAAAGAUUACACCCAAUGCUUUGUUGGAGUCUGCAGUUUCUGAUGACGUUUUGAACCCUGGAGAGGAUGGUAUUUGUUUAGGAAACCAUUUUACGGAAAGUGGCUUAAAAGCAUUGUUAGAAGAAGCUGCAAAUUCCUUUCAAAUUGCUGGAAUGUAUGAGGCAAUGAAUGAAGUAUAUAAAAUAUUAAUCCCAAUUUUGGAAGCUAACAGAGAUUUCCAAAAAUUGGGGAAAGUUCAUGGAAAAUUACAAGAAGCAUUUAAUCGAAUUUCUCAACUUCAAGGAAAACGGGUGUUUGGCACCUAUUUUAGAGUAGGAUUUUAUGGAACCAAAUUUGGAGAUUUAGAUCAGCAAGAGUUUAUAUAUAAAGAACCUACUUUGACGAAACUCUCUGAAAUAUUUAGUCGGUUACAAAACUUUUACACAGAUCGAUUUGGUCCUGACACCGUUCAUAUAAUUAAAGAUUCGAAUAUAGUAGAUGUGAAUUCUUUAGAUCCUGAAAAGGCCUACAUUCAGAUAACUUACGUUGAACCAUACUUUGAAACAUGGGAAUUACGGCACAGAGAAACCUAUUUCGAGCGUAAUUUCAAUAUAAAGAGAUUCAUUUUUGCUACACCUUUUACAAAAUCUGGUAAAGCACAUGGAGAAUUGCAUGAGCAAUGCAAGCGUAAAACAAUCCUAACAACUGCUAAUCAUUUCCCUUAUGUCAAAACGAGAAUUCAAGUUGUGGCAAGGCAACAAAUAAUAUUAGAGCCAAUUGCUGUAGCUAUUGAGGAUAUUCAAAAGAAAACUGCUGAAUUGGCAUCUGCUACCAACCAAGAGCCAGCUGACCCUAAGAUAUUGCAAAUGGUUUUACAAGGUUGCAUUGGAACCACAGUAAACCAAGGUCCGAUGGAAAUGGCUCUGGUUUUUUUAUCUGGUUUGUCUGACGGGACAUCUAUACCAACCAAACAUCAAAACAAACUGAGAUUAUGUUUCAAGGAAUUCAGUAAGAGAUGUUCAGAUGCCUUGAAGAAAAAUAAAAACUUGAUUUGUGCUGAUCAAAAGGAUUAUCAGAAAGAAUUAGAAAGAAAUUAUGCUAGGUUUGUGGAAAGACUCACCCCCCUGAUAACUUUAAGUCCAUCUCAAGCGAUAGGCGUAGUUAAUUCAAAUGGGUUAAAUAAAGGAUCAUCACUACGUUGGUAAAAGUCACAAUAUACAAUAAUUUAUUCAAGGAAUGAAAUAUUCUUUAGCAAGCCAUAAUCAUAUAUGAAAUGACAAAAUUAUAAGUGAAAUAUUGUCAAAUCGUGUCAAGAAGUUGUUUAUUAAUUUUUAGAGGUUGUAGCAGUAUUAGAUAUUUAAGAUAUUUUAUAAUUAUUUCAGAUAACAGUUUUUUUUACUUUUCAACUUUUUUAUUUUUUUAAGUUUUGGUAUAAACUUUAAUUGCAUAAUAUUUAUGAAUGACAACGAAAAUAUUAUAUUCUUUGAAAUAUCUACACCAAAAAUUAUUUUUAAAAGUUUUUUAAAUUACAAAACAAAGUGUUCAUCAUUGAAUUUAUAAAAUUUUAACACAUGUAGAAUUUGUUUCAUCUAUUUAUUUUUUUCAUUAUUCCGGAAUACAAACCAAAAAACUAUUAUUAUUAGAUACAUAUGUAUAUUAAAAUACUCUUUUUUUUAAUUUUUAUACAACGAUUAACCAUUUAGAUCAAAAUAAAAAUUAAUUUCAAUUGCUAUAAGUCAACCAAGUAGCGAAUCAAGUCUUUUGAUGUUCGUAGUAAGUUUUUGAAAUAAAAUUUAAGAUAUAUAAUAUUCGAUAUUUAGAAUUAAAAUUUUUACACUUUUUAUACUGCAUAUUCGCACUUGUACUUAAUAAAUAAAAAAUACGAUAUAUAGAAUUAAAAUGAA